CAGACGCGCGACAGCGUGGUCGCCGAGAUACUGCGUGGGCGACGAAGAGGUCGACGAAGACAAGCAUGUCGGGCUCCGUUUUCUCCGACUGGUGCGAGGUGUACCUCUGCAGUAGGCCUCUUCAGCAGGGGAGCUCCAUCAAUGGCGCUGUCAACGCGUUUUCCCUGCUGACCUCUUCGUCGCAGUCGGCGAGCGGCAACUCGUGGGCGAUGCACUGGCUCCUCGUGUUCGACUACGGCGAGGACGAGGUGCUGAUCUGCGACGCCGACAACCACGAUGGAGACCUGACGGGCCGCACGUACUGGAAAAAGAGGAAUACGCUAGAAAACUACGAGAACAAGAGAUAUCUUGCAAAGCGGAACAUUCCAAAGGAACGCAUUGACCAGUUGCUGAGGAAGAUGUGCGACUCCGGCCAGUACCAUUACACCAAGAACAACUGCCAAAAAUGGGCGCAAGACCUGCUGCGCGAACUGGACAUUGAAAUUCCCGCUGACGAAGUCGACGCCCGCACUGUAGUAACCAACUACAUAGAGCCGGCAGCCGUCGCUGGUGCCGUGGUGUUGGGAGCCGGUCUGCUCGGUGCGCUCAUCUUCGGUGGUGGAGCCCGUCGGAACAGACGGGACUAGACGGAGCACUACUUGACAGCGGUUCUAUUUUUAAAAA